CUUUGUGUCAGAGCUUGCACUCGUUUCCCCCUGCCCUCUCUCAACGGUCUUUCUACUUUUUCUCUCUCAAAUUUCUCAAGAAAAUUAGAAAGAAAAAAGGAAUAAGAAAACUCUUUCUGCAAACCACGCAGACAAGGACUUUGUCGUUUGGUUGUUCAAAUCUUUUGGAGAUUAAAAACAAGAGGACUGGAGAAAACCCAACUUGAUCAAUCAGGGAGAAGGAGAGAGAUUAAGCUAUCUCAUCAAUGGUAGCUGGCAAGGUAAGACUGGCAAUGGGGUUACAGAGAUCGCCGGCGAAAAGGAAGCAGGAGACCCCACCUAAGCCGCCGCCAUUGCCGUCUCCGGCUAGCUCGACCAAGUCUGGGUCGUCGCAGAAGCCAGUUUUCUCCCGCUCUUUUGGGGUUUACUUCCCACGAGCCUCCGCUCAGGUUCAGCCUCGCCCACCUGAUAACGUCGCGGAACUUCUGCGCCUGGUCGAGGAGCUUCGCGAGAGAGAGUCUCGUCUAAAGACCGAGCUUCUUGGGCACAAGCUUUUGAAAGAAUCCGUCUCUAUUAUCCCCUCUCUCGAAGCCGAGAUAGCCGUCAAGAACGCAGACCUCAAGCUUUCACUCGACAAGGUUGAGUUCUUGGAAGGUGAGAACGAGAGAUUAAGAAGAGAGCUCGAUGAGUUUAAGAAAAAGAUUGAAGAAGAGAGAGUGGAGAACGAAAAGAAAGUGAAAGAUAUCGAAACUGAGAUCGCCGAGCUUAAGAAAACGACGUCGUCUCGUGGCGGCAGUAGCAUUGAGAGCGAGGAAUGUAACUUGCUUUCUUCCUCGCAGAGGUUUCAGGGUUUAAUGGAGGUAACUGUGAAAUCCAAUCUGAUCAAGAACUUGAAACGAACCGGGUCCUCCAAGUCUGUCGACGCCGGCCCGAAUUUUGAUAACACGAACAAGAAUAAUGAAGGCAUUAUUAAUGCUGGUAGUAAUGGUAACGAUUUCAAGAGAGAGGAAAUAGAAAAUGAGAAACCCAGGCACUCGAGGAGUAACUCGGAGGAACUCGCUGAGUCGACUCUUUCCAACCUCAGAUCUCGUGCACCUCGGGUCCCAAAACCACCUCCCAAACCAUCAUCAUCGGCAUUAUUAUCUUCAUCCUCGUCUGCAGGGAGUUCAUGUACGUCAAAAUCAAUCUCAUCAACGCCAAAUGACGGUUCUUGUGAGUCCACGGAAAAGCCCAUUCCGCCGCCUCCUCCACCGCCGAAUCCGCCACAGGCAAGAGCCGCUCCGCCACCUCCGCCUCCUCCCCCGAAGGGAACAAGAGCUGCGGGGGCGAAGGUGAGAAGGGUGCCGGAGGUGGUGGAGUUCUACCAUUCAUUGAUGAGGAGGGACUCCCGGAGAGAUUCAGGAACGAGCGGGGCGGAGGCUUUACCGGCAACGGCGAACGCCCGUGACAUGAUCGGGGAAAUUGAGAACCGAUCGGCUCAUUUGCUCGCUAUAAAAACAGAUGUGGAAACACAAGGGGAUUUUAUAAAAUUCUUGAUCAAUGAAGUGGAGAAUGCUGCUUUUACAGCUAUUGAAGAUGUAGUGCCUUUUGUAAAAUGGCUGGAUGAUGAACUCUCCUAUCUGGUGGAUGAAAGGGCAGUGCUUAAGCACUUUGAAUGGCCGGAACAGAAGGCCGAUGCACUGCGUGAAGCUGCUUUCAGCUAUUGUGACCUCAAGAAGCUUGAAUCAGAGGCCUCUUCCUUCCGUGAUGACACUCGCCAGCCUUGUGCUCCAGCUCUUAAGAAGAUGCAAGCUCUGCUUGAAAAGUUAGAGCAUGGUGUUUAUAACCUGUCAAGAAUGAGAGAAUCAGCAGCUAAGAGAUACAAAGGUUUCCAAAUUCCUAUGGAUUGGAUGCUGGAAACUGGAAUUGUAAGCCAGAUCAAACUAGCAUCUGUCAAGUUGGCAAUGAAGUACAUGAAGAGAGUAUCCGCAGAGCUUGAAACAGUAGGGGGUAGUGGUCCCGAAGAAGAAGAGUUAAUAGUACAAGGCGUUAGAUUUGCUUUCCGCGUCCAUCAGUUUGCGGGAGGAUUCGACAUAGAAACAAUGAGGGCAUUUCAGGAGCUUAGAGAUAAGGCGAGAUCAUGCCAUGUACAAUGCCAAAAUCAGAAUUCACAGAAAUUUUUAUGCAGGUCUGCAAGUAGUUGCUAAGGAUCUGUAGCAAUCUCAGCUUCAGAAUUGUUAUUAUCCUCCCAGCUUUUUGUUGUAAAGAUUAGGGAGAAAUUGAAUGAUAUGUGUUUGUGAAUAUCUGUUUAGCAUUUCCUCCCCCUUGA